GCUCUCAUCCUCCCCAAUCCAGCCAACCAACCAAGUCUAAACCCCCGAGUAGGUAACGACAAGUCUAGGUUGCCAGUCCUCGGAAUAAUCCGAUUCAAUACAUCGGCCCUUAGAAUUCUCACUCACAAUCCGUUUCUCCUUUCAAGAAAACUGAGCCAGAACCUGUGACAAUGGGGCCAACUGAGGUCGUGGACGACGUGGACAUCGAGAUGGGUCAAGAAGAAGAUGACGACCAGGAGCAGAAGCUGAUCAAUGAGGAGUACAAAACUUGGAAGAAGAACAGCCCCUUCCUCUAUGAUAUGAUCCUGAGCACUGCAUUGGAGUGGCCAACUCUCACGACCCAGUGGUUCCCGGAUGUUAAAGCUCCGAAGGACAAGAACUACCUCGUGCACCGGGUCCUGAUUGGCACCCACACAGCGGAGGGCAAGCCGAAUUACCUGCAGAUUGCAGAGGUUGAGAUCCCAAAGACUGUUCAGCCCAAUCCGAAUGAUUACGACGAGGAGCGUGGCGAGAUUGGUGGCUAUGGCAGCAAGACUUCCUCUGGAGAUGCCCCUGCCAUCCGCUUCAACAUUACCCAAAAGAUCGAUCACCCGGGCGAGGUCAACAAGGCGCGCUACCAGCCCCAGAACCCCGACAUCAUCGCCACUCUCGCCGUCGACGGCAAAGUCCUGAUCUUCGACAGGACCAAGCACAGUCUGACUCCUACCGGUUCGCCAUCUCCCCAAGUGGAGUUGAUUGGUCAUAAGUCGGAAGGGUUCGGUCUCAACUGGAGUCCACAUGACGAAGGCUGCCUUGUUUCCGGUAGUGAGGACACAACGGUCUGUCUGUGGGAUUUGAAAAUGUUGCAGGGCACUGGCAAGACGCUCAAGCCUUAUCGGCGGUAUACGCACCACGCACACAUCGUCAACGAUGUGCAGUAUCAUCCUUUCGUAAAACAUUUCAUUGGCAGUGUGUCGGACGAUUUGACUCUCCAGAUCGUGGAUGUUCGAGAGCAGCAGACCUCCAAGUCUGCCUUGACCGCGCGGAAUGGGCAUACUGACGCCAUCAAUGCUCUUGCUUUCAAUCCUCGGUCCGAGUUCAUCAUUGCUACAGCAUCGGCAGACAAGACGAUCGGGAUUUGGGACAUUCGGAACGUACGGGAGAAGAUCCACACCCUCGUGGGCCAUGGCGAUGCGGUCACCUCUCUGGCCUGGCAUCCUAAGGAGUCUAGCAUCCUGGGAAGUGGUAGCUAUGACCGAAGGAUCAUGUUCUGGGACCUCAGCCGAGUGGGCGAGGAACAGAUGCCCGAGGACCAGGAAGAUGGUCCACCGGAACUGCUCUUCAUGCAUGGUGGCCACACAAACCAUUUGGCCGACUUCACCUGGAACCUGAAUGACCCCUGGCUAGUCUGCAGCGCCGCGGAAGACAACCUGCUCCAGAUCUGGAAAGUAGCCGAUUCGAUUGUUGGCCAGGACGACCAGGACAUGCCUCUCGACGAGAUGGGACAAGACUCUUAGGUGGGACGCCGUCGAAAUAUAGGGGGAACGAGGGCGGAAAUAAACCAGAAAGCGAUGGCGGCACCGGCACCGGCACUAGCAACUACAACAAGCAGGAGCCGGAGCCGGACCGGGAUUGGAAGCGGUGAUGAGGACGAUCUUGAGGCCAGCAGUCACAGCUGUGAUGAGGACUAUCUUGUGGCCAGCAGUGGAACCGAAGAUGGGGACUAUCUUGUGGUGGAAUCGAAGACGAAGAUGAAGAUUAAGAUGAAGCCGAAACCCUCGUACGAGACAGAUCUUCCUCAGUACCUUGGGAGGCGGAGGCUCGGUCUUUGGUAAGGCUGCCAGCUACGUUGGACAGUACCUAUUCUUCCUUGCUAUGGAUCCAUGCCAAAUGGCCAUUGCACAUAUGUCAUGUCACUACCCUAGCUUACUACGGUGAUGUCUGGGGAGUGGCUAUUAGUUAUCUUGAUAGCGAAGACACAGGACGAUUCGAUGAAGUCUCUCUAGUGC